AUGGAAAACAAAUGGAUAAUGCAUUAUCAUAGCUCUCACAAAAUUUUGCUUGUAGGAGAGGGAGAUUUCUCCUUCUCACUCUCCUUGGCUAGGGCAUUUGGCUCAGCUGCUAACAUGGUUGCUACCUCUCUAGAUGAUAGAGAGUCUCUAGUUUUGAAGUAUGGAAGUGCAUCAAGUAACUUGAAUGAACUUGAGGUUCUUGGCUGCACUAUCUUCCACAAUGUGGAUGUUCACAAUAUGACUCAACACCAUUAUCUCAAUAACAAAAGUUUUAAUCGAAUUAUCUUUAACUUUCCUCACGCUGGUUUCGAUUAUCGCGAAUUAGUGAGUGGAUUUCUAAAAAGUGCUAAAUAUAUGCUUUCAAUAUUCGGGGGAGAAAUUCAUGUUUCACACAAGACAGCGUAUCCAUUUAGUAAGUGGGACAUCAAGGGUCUGGCAGAAAAUGAGGGAUUGAUUUUGAUUGGAGAAGUCGAUUUUCAGCAAUCAUAUUAUCCGGGCUAUACUAACAAGAGAGGUUCUGGCUUGCAAUGUGAUCAGAGUUUCCCUAUUGGAAUGAGUAGUACUUUACAAUUUUCUAAACUGCAUUUUUGA